UCCAGUUCAUCAGCAUGGCGCCGCUCUUGGUCCCGCUGAAAUGUGGAUUUCACAUUCAAAGACGUAAAUUAUCACUGUUGCUUCAGCAGAGCAGCACUGUUCACUCGUGGAGUUGUCACGAUCACAGAGUGGCGAAUAAACGGAAGCAGCGGAGCACAUAUCAGUAAGUGGUGGUAUGCACCUUCAAGUGGCUUUGCCAACUGCCAUUAAAAGUAGAAGAAGCUUACACGAGAACCAAUGAGGUCUGUCCUAGCGCAUCACACAGCCGUGGCUAGGGUAUCUGGGGCCCCGGUGCGGGGUUGUUGCUGUGGGCACCCCUCGGUUGAAGUCAACUGAACCCCCUCCCCGAUUGCGAUUAUGCUAUCAAGUCAAAGAAGUGCAUCAUCAACAUGGGCCAACAGCAGAGGUCAGAACAGCCGACAGAUAUUAGAAGCAGUAAAACAUUUACAUCUUCCAGAGAGACAGUGCUGGCAUGGGCAUGCAGGUGGAGGGCUCAAUGCAGAUCCCAAAAAUGUGCUGAAGGAAGUGCACUCCUCGAAGAUUCUUGCAGCCAUGCUGACAUAUGUUUGGCCCAAGGACAGACCUGACCUCCGUGCUCGAGUGGCCAUUUCACUGAGUCUGCUCGCUGGAGCUAAGAUAACCAAUGUGAUGGUGCCCUUCAUGUUUAAAUAUGCAGUGGACAACCUGAACCAGAUGUCGGGACACAUGUUGAACCUGAACGAUGCGCCAAACACGGUGGCGACCAUGGCAACGGCUAUUUUGAUUGGCUAUGGUGUUUCCCGUGCUGGAGCAGCUCUCUUCAAUGAGCUGAGGAAUGCAGUGUUUGGGAAGGUGGCUCAGAGCUCCAUCAGGAGGAUAGCCAAGAACGUCUUUCUCCACCUUCAUAACCUGGAUCUGGGGUUCCAUCUGAGCAGGCAGACAGGAGCUCUGUCCAAAGCAAUCGACCGUGGCACUCGAGGAAUUAGCUUUGUGCUCAGUGCUCUGGUCUUUAACCUGGGGCCUACGCUCUUUGAAAUGAUACUGGUCAGCAGCAUUUUGUAUUAUAAAUGCGGGGGUCAGUUUGCUCUGGUCACUCUCGGGACCCUCUCAGCAUACACCGCAUUCACAAUCGCUGUUACACAAUGGAGGACGCAAUUCAGGAUCGAGAUGAAUAAGGCUGAUAAUGAUGCUGGAAAUGCUGCUAUCGACUCUCUCCUCAAUUAUGAAACUGUUAAGUAUUUCAACAAUGAGAAGUAUGAGGCUGAGCGGUAUGAUAGUUUUCUGAAGGUGUACGAGUCAUUUUCUCUGAAGACUACCUCUACCCUGGCCAUGCUUAACUUCGGUCAGAGCGCCAUCUUCACCGUCGGCCUUACCGCUAUUAUGGUGCUGGCAAGCAAUGGCAUAAUGGCAGGGACCAUGACUGUGGGUGAUCUAGUGAUGGUGAACGGGCUGCUCUUCCAGCUCUCGAUGCCACUCAACUUCCUGGGCACUGUGUACAGAGAGACCAGACAGGCCCUCAUAGACAUGAACACGCUCUUCACACUGCUCAGCGUGGACACUAAAAUAAAGGAAAAAGAAAUGGCACCGCCGCUGCUCGUUACACCACAGGAAGCCACCAUCAGGUUUGAGGAUGUGUAUUUUGAGUACUUGGAGGGACAAAAGGUGCUUACCGGGGUUUCCUUUGAAGUACCUGCAGGAAAAAAGGUGGCCAUUGUUGGUGGCAGUGGAUCUGGGAAGAGCACAAUUGUCAGAUUGCUCUUUCGUUUCUACGAGCCACAGCAGGGCAACAUCUACAUCGCAGGCCAGAACAUUCGUGAUGUUAGUUUGGAGAGCUUGAGGAAAGCUCUGGGUGUUGUGCCUCAGGAUGCUGUGCUUUUCCACAAUACCAUAUUUUACAAUCUGCUGUAUGGUAACAUCACCGCCACAGCAGAGGACGUGUACCGUGUGGCCAGACUUGCUGGAAUCCAUGAUGCCAUUCUCAGAAUGCCAAAUGGAUAUCAGACACAGGUCGGAGAACGAGGUCUGAAGCUCUCAGGUGGAGAAAAGCAGCGUGUGGCCAUCGCACGGGCGAUACUUAAGAACCCUCCGAUUUUCCUUUAUGACGAGGCCACAUCUUCACUAGACUCAAUUACUGAAGAGAAUAUUCUGACUUCAAUGAAGGAGAUGGUGAGGGACAGAACAUCUGUCUUUAUUGCACACCGGCUGUCCACCAUUGUGGAUGCAGAUGAGAUUAUUGUACUAAAUCAGGGGAAGGUGGCAGAACGUGGCAACCAUCAGACUCUCUUGAACACACAGGGCAGUCUGUACGCCGACCUGUGGAACACACAAAACAGCAAAAUUCUGUCUGACGGAAGCAAGCCUGAGCCUGCAGUCGAGCGCAUGUCACAGAAAGAGGAGGAACGCAAGAAACUGCAGGAGGAGAUCAUGAACAGUGUGAAGGGCUGCGGGAACUGCUCGUGCUGAGCUCAUGCCCAGACCUGCUUUAGCAAACACCUGCCAGCCUUCAAAAUGACCGGGUAGAUGUCCACUGCUGGUGACUGAACUGUUGUUAUUUAAUCCUAAACUGAGGGGGGUGUCCUUCCUUUUUGUGAUUUUUCGCUCAACCUCAAGGGCCAAUGUCAUGCCUUCAUUUUCACACGCUAUCAAGGUGAUCCGAACCCGUUUUAAAAGAUUUGUAUGCGUCAUCUGGAACUCUUGUUUUUAUUUUGAGUAUGUACAUAUUACUAAUGCAAUAUUUUUGUCUCAAAGUGCUGAGAAGCACACUGUAUAGAGCGCACAUAUCAUCAAAUAGAUAUUUUGUCUGUGGAAGUAUGUUAGAUUUGGACCAUUUUGUAGUUUUUCUGUGAACCUUGCCACCUUUGAUGUCUCCUAUGUAAUCAACAUUAAUUUAUACCAAAUCUGAGUAUGAAUGUACAUUUAACAACUUGUAUUAAAUAAACUUACUUCACUGAG